UCCAUCAGAGUGUCUGGCAUCUCUGAAGAAGUAACACACACAAACGCACACACAAACGCAAACACACACCUCCGAUUCUGUGGACCCUCACACUCAGGAAUGGCACAGCAGUGAAGCGCCUGUCCACUGGAGCUGAAGAACCAUUCCUGUGCCAACAUGCCCAUCCUGAAGAAGCUCCCCGGGAGGUCCAGGGGUAACCUUAGCACCAGUGAUGUGAUGCUGAAGGAUCUCCAAGACAACAGCGAAACAACGCUACAGAGUAACCACGGAAACGGCGAGCUUAUCCUCCCACCAUCCAGCCUGAACCCAUUCGACGACAUGGACUUAGACAUGGGAUGGAACAAAGAAGAAGGUGGAGUAUGGGACAGUGGGCGGAGGUCGCCGCGUGAUGGCGAGGCACUGGAAAACGAAGUGAACGCUGAGCUGCAUGGAGGGCUGAAGGUCACCGACAGGUCGAAGGGAAGCUCUCCUCUGAGAGGUACCCUGGAGCGCAUUUGCGGCUCAUCGCCUCUAAAGACGCUGGGAAAACUGAGCAAGGGGCUGCGCAUGACCGGUCGGAAUGUGUGGAGCAACACUUUGCCCGCCACGCCCUCUGCUGCAAAGGAGAAGAAGAAGAAGAAAAAUAGGAGGCCGUCUGAAGAGAUCAUGACCUUGUUAAGGCUGGCAGGGCGGAGGAAGAAGAGUGAUCGCAGAGAAAGUCUCCCAGAAGGGGAGGUGCACAGUGAGGAUGAAGACUGUACCGACCGCCGACCCUCGUUUCUGCGCAGCCUGAGCAAACUUCGUGGAGACUCGCUCACCAGCCGUGACUCCCUCGAGGCUGAGCGGGAGAGCCCAGAGGAAGAGAUGCCCAUCAAGCGCAGGGAGCCGCUCUCAGUCCUUGAAAUCCUGCAGCUGGUGAACCAGAGAGACCUUCUGCUGGCUGACACCCACAUCCAAGAGCUGGAGAGGGAGUGCGAACUGGACCCCACCCUUUUGCAAACACCACCCACCACUCCAACGCCAACUGCUACCACAACCCCCCCUCCGUCCUCCCCUCUGUGGCUCACCCUGGUGGGUCAGUGCGAUGACGAGGCUCCAAGCCCCUGGGAUGCAAGCCUGAGGAAAGUUAAAGACGUCGAGUUGCUCUACGAGGCGCUGCAGAGAGAGAUGUGGGAUGUGGUGCGUGAGUCGCUACGGCAACCAUGUGCUGGCCCCCAGCUUGGCCUAGUCGUGCUUGUGAUCCAGCAGGAGGAGCAUGCAGACCGUGUCUGGGCACUGCGCCAGGAGGCUCAAUCUGAGCUCCGUGAUGUGGCCAAGACUGACGUUCAUGAGAAGGCCCCGUCAGAACUGAGUGACAGGGCCCAAUCGGAGCAGCGCCAGGACGCCCAGUUCAACUUGUUCGAGGGGGUUCGAUCCAACAAACGCCCUCGUGGACUGAGGCAAAAGUGGGUGGAGGCAGUGGGCGAGGCUGCUGACUGGUCACUCCCACAACCUGGGAGUAUCGCAGCAGGACAGAUGGGCAACUUCCUGGAUCGGCUACGAAGCCGAGUAGUGGAAGACAUGGAUGCAGCAAGGAGGAACGUGGUAGGAGUGUAUCCGAAGGAGUUCUCUGUGUUUCAGGUGUACAUGCAGAGCUACCACAGAGGCAUAGCCAAACGUCUCCGAGCCAUCACAGCAGGUCAAGUGCAAAUCACAGAUAUCUACUCACUCCUUGACUGGGUCUACAACAUGUACAACAGGGACGUACUGGGCACAGUGGGUGCUAUGGGGGCUAUAGACUGUGGCACUCUUGAGCCACUGCUCCCUGCUGAGGUCAUGGACAGGCUGGAACAGGAGUGUCUCGACACCGUCUGGGAUAAGGUAACUAUGGAGCUUUCUCAGGUUCUGGAGGAGGAGGAAAAGCGAUGGACUCAGACUUUACACAUUGAGGAGUACCAGUCUGGACUUGCAAGGUCAAUCAUACAGAGGUUGAAGGUGGACCUGGACAGAUCUACAGGGGUCAGUCAGCCUUUGGGAGCUCGAGUGGCCCGGUGCACUCUCAGAGGAUUAGCCGACUUCCUCCACAGUUUCCAGAGAAAAGUGGAGAUGUUCCUUGAGACUCAGGUGGAGUUCGGGGAUCGAGCUGAUGGUUACGUGUCCCGUACCAUUGCUCUGGCCAACUGCGUCCCUCCAUUCAGGAGCUUUGUGGAGCGCUGCAGACAGUGUGACCCCCUCGGCAGUGAAGACUCCUCCCACAGGGCACACUCAUCACUCGAUCGCAUCAUUAACCAGUCUGUACGAGUCCUCUCCGACAAACUGUUUGAAAACAUUAGGCCUUUCUUUGAUAAACUGCUCAGGAAGAAAUGGCUGAACAACACAGAGGCGUACGAGAGCAUCGAGGAUGCCAUCAAACAGCACUUUAAAAAGUUCCGCAGGAUGGACUGUCCUCCCUAUCAAACACUGGUGAAUGAGGUGCACAGGCGGGUCAUGGUGGAAUACGUGCGUGCCAUCAUGAGGGGACGGAUCAUCUGCACAUCGCUCAAAAUGAGGAAGAGACUCGCGUUCCGACUGCAGGACGAGGCCCGGCAGCUUAAAGCACUUUUUAAGGACCUGGAGUCUACCUGCUCAUGGCUGGAUAAUGUGAUUGGUCACCUGGCUGACAUUAUCAUCUUGGAAGACACGCCCUCUAUCCAGAUGGAGGUGGGAGUCCUGGUCAAGGAGUUCCCAGAUAUUCGGAGGAAGCACGUCUCCGCUGUCUUGAACGUCAGAGGGAUGGUGCAGCACGCGGAACGGCAGGAGAUCCUGGCUGUCGUCCGGGACUUUGAGUCCUGCGAUAGCCCCACCCAUGUUCCCAGAGACCAUGCUUUCUUCUCUGAGAUCACGGUGGCGACGGACAUGCCCUGCCUGAGACUAGUUCUGAUCCGUUUUGGACUGCGAGUGACAUCUUGGGUGUCGAGCGCACGACCUCGCCGGAGACGCCCCAAAAGGAGCACGAGUUGGAAAGCAGACGAUGUCAAUGAACAUGUGACCCAGGACAACCAAUAACAUCUCACUAGCCAGAUUGAACCAGUUACACAAAACAAUAAGCAACUAGUCGUCAUGUCAGAAUGUUACAGAAAUGACAAAAACAAGUUCAAUAACCAAUAGCUAGAUCAUUUCCAAUCUUGUUCCAGUUUCAAGACAGCUCCCUGCUUAGGCUGCAGUUGGAUGGUAGAUUUUCCACAAGGUAGGGAUGAGAUGAGAUAAAAUCCAUCUUUCUCAAAGUCAUUUUUCUAGAACAUAAUAUACAUCAUGAUAUACAGUAUACAGUACAUAGACUCAGCAAUUUGCUCUUCCGAGAUCCCUACUACAAAUUUAAAGCGGGCAUGCUUUCUUCAUGAAUUAAGGCUCCCUUAUCUAACUAUUUCUUUAACAAGUCAUCAGUCAUCAAAGCUCACCCAAUGUGUGUAUGUGUAUGUGUGUGUUAAUGCUCCAGCUGAAAUACCCCUCAGAUAAUGCACCUUUUACACCUUAAAUUUGUUCUGUUUCACCACCAAAGAACAGCAGAGCUGAGCAAAAUUCUUACCAAGGGGCUCUGCUUAUAUGAGGUCACAUUAGUGGAUUUUUUUAUGUACACGUACUCUAGAGACCUAUUUAAAAUAGGUCCUCUGUAACCAAUCCCAGAGUUCCAUUCAAAUUCCAUUCAAAGUUUUACCCUACUAGACAGACCAAGCUAUCUCAUAGCUAUUUAAAAUAGCUUGAUGUCUUUCCAUGCGUAGAUAAGCGCAAUGGGUUAAACUGCUAGUUUCGCCGCAGUUAUCUCGUUUCGCAGAAAGUUCACUUCCGCACAGUAAUAAACUUGCAUGUAAAAAACUUAACCCAAAAACAAUGACCCUGAAAUCUGUCCUAAACCUGAACAUGGUUUCUGAUUUGUUUUGCUUUUUUGGUCAGUAAGAAGGCCUCAAAAAUUGACACCCAACUAGAUUACACCUUUGCAACCAGUUUAGCUCGUUAACAAGCCAACGCGCUAAAACACGACAACAAUGCAGUCAACACAUUUACAUGAGACACGAACCGACCCGUAAUCGUCGAAUCCGUGCAUUCCACAAGACAAGCGCAGGAAGAAAUAGAAAAAAAAAAAUGUGACCCUCACGUUUCUUUGAGGCAUGAGGAGUCAAACAGGAAGUACUCUCCAUUAUUCACACAGCUAACAGGAAGUGGACUUAAUGACCGCCGAGUCAUCAGUCCCUUCAAUCUGACACAGCUAAUGGUUCCUCCGGUGGAAACGGAGCCCUAUUCCAGUUCACCCGAAACAAUGGAGUGUGCUUAUGAAUAGACAUAGUUCCAUUUUAAUCCAGCCCGAACUCAAGCGCAUUGUAAAAACGGCUGGGCAAAUAAUCUAUAAAAAAUGUUAAAUGCUCUCGCUCACAAGGUAGCCUUAAUCCUCCCUAGCGAUAGGAUGCGCCGAAGGAAAAAGUGAUUUCCGCAUGAACUUUCCUUGCAGGUUUGCCUUAUUCAUUUAAGCAGUGUCCUCUUUUACCUUACUCCUGAAAACAACGGUGGGGUUCUGUAGUGCAUUGUUAGUGUUUAUCCUGAAGAGCAUUAAAUAGCAACUGUGUGAAUGAAUAUGGGUCACCGCUAGGAUUGAAUGUGUCUCCACAGGUUUGAUUGCCUACACAAAGCCAAACUUGCUUGUGUGCUUUUUUUUUUUUUUUUUACUGUCAUUACUUGUUACAUUAUUCUGUCUAACAGCAUGCUCUGUUUAACCUGUGCUGCUCUGCUAUUGGUGGCUUGCUCAGGCAAUUAGUCAUAUUUUUUAACCUUGGCUCCCUAGGGAACCUAGGGAAAAUAUAAAGAACCAAGGGAACCAGUCAGACUGAUUUAAGCAACCGCACUAAUUUGGUCUUUUUUUGCACAUCAAGUGGUUUAUAAGAAUGCUAUAAAAAUAAGCAAAGUGAUGGCUAAAGUAUGUAGCAAUACUGUUUUUGAGAGCAAGUGUGUUUGAAGACUCCUAAGCUAGGCUAAGUUACGUUCUAAAAGUGUCAGAGAUUCAUGUAUGAUAGUUCAUAUAGAUCAUAUCAUACUUUUAAACCCCUUUUUGCCCGGUAUUAAUGAUACAACCAUUUAUAAAUCAUAUAAAUGAACGAUGUAUUUCUGUUGCCGUGAACCUUAAAAGAAAGUUCUGCAGUGAGUUACAUAUACAAUACUUUCAAGCCUUUUUUUAUAUGCACAGAAACUAUCAAUAGCCCAAAAGAGUUUAUUAUUAAAUAAAUAUUUUUCAGUAAACUGUACUUAAUCAUGGUAAUAUGUGCAUCCUUCUAAAUAGCUGGUCUUGAACUGUAUCUUUUCAAUUAUUUGUGCAGGUUCUUUGUGAAAUUUGUGAAAUCAAUUGAAAGAUAUAAACUGAAGUGAUGUGAAACAUAAAUGGGAUUAUUCUUAUUCUUAUUAUAUGCCGUUCAAGAUUUUCACUGGAAAUAAAAACCCAUUGACUGGGUAUUGAACCAAAGG